UGUUGCCCCAUCGGUCUCGUGAUCGCACCCUAUGCUUGCUCUGCUAGAAGCUUUUCCUUCAGGAUCGGUCCCAGUCCCCGUCUCGCCGCUUUAAAGAAGGACUGCUGGACCUUGACACGACCCUCAGCACAGCCCCUCUUUUCUCCGCUCCAAGUGCAAAUUCAGAGCAUCAUGAGACUCUUCAGAUGUAAGCUCUGUGCCUUUCUGUACUUCUGGGCAACAGUUACCAGCAGAGAGAUACAGACUCCUGGUCCCUGUGAUGUCAAAGCUAGAGAGGCAUCUGUUAACUGCAGUAACAGAGAGCUCACAGAGGUCCCCACACAGAUCUGGAACAACGUGAUCAUAUUGGAUCUCUCACAAAACCACUUGAACCUGACCAAUCCCAAGAACCUGAGAGCACUGGGACGUUUUCACCAUUUGCUUCUGCUCAAUCUUUCGGGAAACUAUCUCCCUGUACUGGAAAAAGACACAUUAGCUGGCUUCUCUCAGCUUCUUGUCCUCGACCUCAGCGGGUGCCAGCUGACUGACAUCAAGCCAGGUGCUCUGCAGGGUUUUCCCAGGCUGAAAAGACUGCUUCUGGGAAACAACAGAGUGCAAGACAAAAGUCAGCAGAGAGUCCCAUCCAAUUGGCUAAAGGGAGUACACAGUGUUCUGGCAUCCAGAAAUAUAUCUGAAGGGCCAAUGGAUGAAGGAUUAAUGGAAAGAAUUCAAAGGAAAUUAACAGAAGGACGCGUGAGCAGUUACAAUGGCUCAUUAAAUGUAUCUUCUACAGGCCCUUCUGCAGAAUCCCAGCAGACCAGUGGCUGGCCUUACCUGGUGGCUGCCAUGGGAACGAUUGUGGCCAUCUCUGUUCUCAUCAUACUGCUGGUCAAGUGCAAGCUCUUCCAGCAGUACCUGGCCAGCUACCAGCAUGCCCUGCUCUCAGAGGUGGAUACGGCCAGCCAUUGCGACCGUGCUUCUUUGGAUGUAGGUUUCUCAGGGCAAGGCAUGGCCAGCCGAGGCUCCGGUCCAGGCCUCCCCAGCGAGCUUGAUGACGAUGACGGCUUCAUCGAAGAUAAUUACAUCCAGGCCAGUGAGAGAGAGAGGGCAGAGCGGGAGGCAAUCGAGGUUGAGGAUGAAUUUGAAGAUGAUGACAUUCAGUUCUCCAUCAGCUAAAGAGACAGCUGGGCUACUUGUUAUUUUCAUGAUUAUUAUUUGCAGUUACAGUUUACUGUAACAAUAUUAUACCCAUUGACACUCCACUCACAAGGCAUUACUGCUUGACAAAUGACAGACACUGACUACACAGACUGCACAUUGGACCAAUAGAGCUCUGCUUAGCCUCCACUGAAUGAAGUCGAAAUUAUGCCUGAAUAAUAGAAAUAAACAUAACGUCCGUUUGACGAACUCCAAAUUAAAGUGUACCAAUGCAGUGUGUAAAUGUUUUAUAUGAAUUUAACCUUUUUGUAUUUCUAAAUUAAAUUGCAGAUUGUGUCACUGUUACUUUAAAAUACCCACCUAUAUUUUUCACGUUACAAAAUGUAAAAAUCAAUAAAAACUCCACACCUAGA